CGUUUUCCGAUACGCAGCUACUGUCGGUGUUGUCGUCGGCAGUCGCCCACGAACGAGGACAACAACAAAAACGCCUCCGCCCCGUGCUCAACGCCACAGCUGCACCCGCAGGAAAGCAGCUGUACACUGCUGACACUGCCAACGUUGACGUUGACACCAGCUAGCAGUCAGAAAUCAUUAACGACGCCAAAAUUCGAGGAUGCGUUGAAGCGGGAAGCAUGUCCAGCGCGAACAGCAUCGUUUGCGAGGAGAUCUUCGAUGAGGGCAGUACUCCUUCCGCGGAGGAAAUCAAAGCCUAUGCGACGAAACUCGGCAUCGAUCCGGACAAUGAACCACAACUAUUGUCCCUCGCAGCUGAAGGGCUCAUGAAAGCCCUUCCACCCGGUUGGAAACCAGUAUUGGAUGAUAAAUCAAAAUCUUAUUAUUAUUACAAUAAUGUUACUGGUAAGACCCAGUGGGAGCACCCACUUGACGACAUCUAUCGAGGUUUGGUCAAAAAGAAACGUUCUGAAAGUCAGUCACACAGUAUUGGGGAACCGAAUGAAGAUGCUACUACUCUUAGGGAUGACAUGCCCAGUUUGGAAGAACCACCGUUUGCUAGUUUAGGUGCACGUCGUAAGGAACCCAAGUUAUCACCUCUCAAUCAUGGAGCUAAAAUUCUUAGACAGAAAUCUGAAGAGAAACCCAUCGCGGCGUUUGUGCAAAAUCGUAAAAUUGGGCUUUCUUUAUCAACCAGUUUUGAUGGAAAGCCGGAUAAGUUACAGGAAAGUCCCAAGAAAGAUUUUAAACUUAGUGGUGGGGGUAGUAUGUUUCUGAAGAAAGCUAAAACACCUUCCAUUGAAAUGCUUAACAUCGACGAUGAUAAAACUGAAGAUAUUAUCCCUGAAAACUUUCCAGAAUCUUCAAAACCUGAAGAAAAAGAAAAAGAAGAAGAAAUUAUUAAAGAAAAAGAUGAAAUUGCAAAAGAUGAUCCCAAAGAGACUCCGAAAAGUAUUCUGAGAGAAAGAAGUUUUGUUAUUGAAUCUUCUAAAACAGAGGAAGAUGACGAAAGGAAAAAUGUACGAUUUUCAUUAGAUGUAGAUUCUGCACUUAAAUCUCCCGCAAACGAUGUAAUUCUACCGAUUAGCAGUUUGAAAAUAAUCAAAGCAAAUCCCAAAGAUUUCCCAAAACCAAGAAAUAGAUCAGAUCCAGAAAUCAGUAUGGGAAUCUCAGACUCCGAAGAUGAUUCCAUCAUGAAAAGUUUGGAUAAGAAAGUGAGCAAGAAAUCAGAAUUGAAUAUGCAAGAUGAAGAAGAGGAGAUUCAUCAUAAUAUUGCCGAGAAAUUCCGGGAAGAUAACGAAAUAAUUCUGAAUAAAAUCAGAGAUAAUGCCGAUAAAGAAUUGGAGGACAUGAAGAAAACCAUCUGGGAUGAAACUAACAUAGAAAUAUCAAGAUAUCGACAGGAGUUGCACGAGUCACAGAAAGAUGAAUUAGAGAGGAUUUUAACUACAGAAAAAUUAAAUUACGAAGCAAAUAUUAAACGGGAAUUAGAUAACCUACGAAUUGAGAUGGAGAGUCGGAAUUUAGGAGCGUUGAAACAAGAAAGACUUAAAUUAGAAGAAGAAUUAUCUGGUGCUAAAGAAGGAUUAGUCUCCGAACGUGAAAAAGCUUUCGAAGAAAAAAUAAAAGCUUUAGAAAAGAACUACGCUAUAAAAUACGAAGAAAUUGAGAAGGAAUUAUCGCGGGACCUAGAAAAACGGAAAGAUGAAUUGAUUGUUUCCCACAACGCCAUUUUGGAUCAAAUGAGGAAACAGCACCAAGCGGUUUUAGACGAGAUUAAACUAGAUUUCAAAUCUGAGGAAAAAAUUCUACGUCGGGAACAUGAGUCAAUGUUAGCCGAAUUGAAACGAAAAGUAAAUGGCGGAAACCUCGAUAAUGAAAUGAACUACCAAACGAGUUCGAAAGAUAAAGAAACCGGUGAUGAGCGACUCUACGAAAAGGUGCGAUGUGAGAAAAGGUUGUUAGAAGACAAGUACAGGUGUUUAAAAGAGAAGUACAUGAAGUUAAAGACGGAUGUAAAGCUUACGAUUGAAAAACGACAUAGAAAACGAGAACAAAGUUUGACUACGACUACAACUGGUUCCGAAACAGAGAAAAGCAACUCUAUCAAUAAAGAAAAGUCACCUAAUCGUUCGCCAACACACAUGAAACCACCUUUGAGUAAACCUGAACUUUCUUCAUCGAAAUUACUAAAACCGGAGGCCAAACAAGCACGUACAGUAAUCAUUCAAGAUUUGGACACGUCAGCGAGUGAUCGCAGUUUUAAAAACGACGGAGUCAACUAUGAAUCAUCCGAAGAAAAUGCCAAUUUUGGCCGAGGAAGAAAAAAGUAUUAUUCGCGAGUAAAAAACACACCACCAACGCGGAGUUCGUUGAAAUCUAAGCGGACACCGCGUACGUGCUCCCCGGUUGAGAACCUCCGACGACAGUUACAGAAAUUGGAAGAUUUGGAAGAUCAAUUGCCACUGGCGCAACACGCUCAAGCUGACACCUACCACUUGAGAUAUCCGUUCACCGACGGUCAGAAGUUCGAGGGCAGUUCCGAAUUAGAGUUUUUUAGGCACCGCAUUCACCUGGAGCGUGAUUCCAUCAAACGGGCUAAGGAGAGUCUCCGCACGCAGAAGUGUCUCUUCCAACAACGCCAGAAUGACCUCAAGUUGAAGCAUGGAUCGAUGGCACGUCAUACCCUCCAACAAUUAUGCCAGGAGGAGAAAGAUCUUACAGACAUGGAGGUAUCUCUUCAUCGGACACGGUCAUUGCUCGGGGAGAAGGUGAUCCGUCUGAGACACCUUGAACAAAGCCUACAAAGAGCUACAGCUGCUUCCAAUGAGCCGAAAACUGAUGAGGCAACGCUGAGUGAUCUUUCUUCGCAUAGUGCCAGUUCUGGGAUUAGUUCCACUGAGUUUGCUACAGCUGCUGAUGGUAUGAAAGCUGCGGUACUUCGCGGGGAACACCUGCAGGAGUCUUCGGAGAUAAUUCAAUCUUUGGAGAAUCUAAAUUUAGAAAUUCGGGAGAUCUGGGAGGUGUUGAAUCAACAACAGAAGUCCGGAAAUAUGCCUUCAGUUCUGCCUCUGCCAUUGGUAUACCCGGAUCUUGGAUGGCCAAUGCUUGCUGGUACGGCAGCUGUGCCUGCCCCACCGUCCAUUCCAACUUUGGCGGACCGUCUUCAUAAUUAUCGACAACAUGUGGCGCUUGCCAAUGCGCAGAGUACGGUUGUCACACAUGCUGCUAAUCAAGGUGCGACUACAACUCUGGUUGAACGCACCCGCAACUUGAGGCACUGGUUGCGUCAGGCUGGCAUUGACCCCAAUACGGAUGUCACACCCCAGGCGACUCUCUAAGCUCUAAUAUCUAAGAUAAGUACAUUUCUCUGAUCACUUAUCGUCCCCGAAUUGAAACCUCUGAACCUGAUGUUGUUGGAAACGGAAGCGAGUGCAAUUAGACGCGAACAAAGAAAGUUAUUGAUGUUGAUGACUAGAUGUGAUACGAACGAUAUUAUCUAUAUGAUCUACAACACUUUAUUCGUUUAUAUAUUGUUUAUUCUUUAAAAAAUAUUUAUUUUUCUACACUUUUGACGUUUUCAUUCGAAUUCAACAGACAACUUGAUGUUGAACCUUUAUGCUUUAAUGACAAUGAUGUACUGAUGACACUUUGCCUUCCCGAAUAAAAAAAAAAUGAGAAUGUAAUGUAACGUCACAUUUAAAACGUGCAACGCUGUAUGAUUCCAUGCAUAACUGGUUGCGGAUUAUCGCCUAACAUGAUAUACAGUGUUGCCAAGUUAUUGUGACGUGACUGGAACUGUUGAUUGUUGAGAUUGUUGCAUCCGAAAGACUUGCAGACGCAAAACAUAAAAAGCACUGAAACUUUUAUAAGAUAAAAAGACUUGAGUAGAAUUCAUAAGCCGAACGAUUUCCAACUAGAAAAAUAUGUAAAGAUCGUAGCAAAUCCACAUCUUUGACUAUUGUAGCAUUUAAAACAAGUUAUCAGCACCUUGCAACUUGCGAUCUCCAGCGAAUAAUCAUGAAAUAAUCAAAAUUUAGAUCGUAUCUUAAGAAGCGUUCCAGCUUUAAGUCGUUAUUGACUACAGAUGAAUAACUUCGUACUCGAAAUGCCAAAAAAUAGAAGAAAUCAAGCUUUUUCAGCAGUGACAUCAAACGUAAAACAUGCAACACUGUUGAAAUAUGUAAUCGACAGUGUUGCCUUUUGUUUUCGCGUCACGUGACUGAAACUGCUUCAUUCUUUCACUUUUAUUUUAAUGCAAAUCAUAGAGAAAUAUUUAAAUUUUUAGCAAAUCUAGUCCAAUAGUCCAAAAAAAAACGUACAUUUAAAUAAAAUCAAUACGAUAAUAGCAGCGUUUGUGCCAAUCUUGUCUUAAUUUUUAACUGUCACAAUAAAUACGGCAUAAAAGUCUACAUUAACAAUAAUCAAUGGAAAUAAUCGAAUAGAAAAGUACAAGUUAAUGUGUCAAAAACAAUAGAUAUAAUAAAUACGCACUAAUUAAAUCAAGUAAACCCAAAUACAAGAUAAUAUUACAAAAACGGUGACUAUAUUUGAAGCUGCGAGCAACACAUCUCAAUAUAUUGCACAAUUAUUCAAUGUUAAAAUAUGAAUAUUUUUCGUAAUAUUUUCGCACAUGUAUAUUGAUAAGUUUAGUGAUUUUACUGUUGCAGAAAUAAUACAAAAUAUUCACAGAAUCAAUUAAACCCCGUCCUAAAUGCCAAGUUUUUGUUCUGUUUGCUGCAAUAAUUGUUGGAAAGUGUGGGAAUCAAUGAAACUUGUGAGAAUCAGAGAAGAUUAUAUUGUUGUUGCAUUUGAAAAA